CGCCUCUUGACGUGGGUGUUUUUAUCUUCGAUUUCAGCCGGGCCGCGGUGCAGUAUCUCAUGAACAAAUACGCUCCCGAUAAUGAAUUGUACCCGACAGAUCCCCAAAAACGAGCCAGGGUUGACGAUUUACUCUUCUUCGAUGCCUGUGUCCUGUACGACCGUUUUGGUCAGUAUGUGUACCCCGCUGCUUUUGGCGGUGAGUCCUUGAAUGAGGAAAAGAAGCAGAAAUUGGAUGACGGCUUGGGAUUUUUGGACCAUUACAUCAAGCAGAAUGGCGGUUACGUGGCCGGAGAUAAACUGACGGUCGCUGACUUGUCUUGUGUUGCUUCAGUUUCUUCCAUGAAGGCAACUGGUGUCGUCGAUUUAAGCAAGUUUGAGAACAUCACUGCCUGGCUGGCAAAAUGCGAGUCCGAGGUGGUUGCCUAUGAGGAGGCGAAUGGCGAGGGUGCCAAAUCUUUUGGUGGU